ACGCAAAAUUCAUAAGCGUCGCCGACUUCAUCGCAGAGCUCGAAUGGUUACUCUGGGGUUUCCGUUCUUUUAACCAUCCCUCCGAGCCUCUCUCUUUACCGCUCCGCAGGACGAGACGAAAUUAGAAUCGGAGCUUCCCGCACUCUCGCUGAUCUACACGCAUGUUCAUAUGGGCCAUCGCUUGGAGUUCUGUGGCUUCUGAUUAGUUUCAAUUCAUCCAAUUCUGUCGCUGAGCGUGGCGCUUCUGCAUAAGGGUUCCUGUCAGAAUGGAUGAGGUCGUGCAGGCUGUCGAGAAUCUGAAGAAAGAGUGGGAUCGGACUGUCGUGCAAAUCCAGGAACGCAUCACAGCGAUUGAAGGAUGUGGAAAGUCUGGAAGGGGGACGGAGGAAGCAAAUUCUCUUCCUAGACUGAAUGGUGCUGCACAGGAUGGUCUGACGGUCCUUAGAUCGAUGCAGUUUCGGCUUGAUCUUCUUUCCCAACAGCUGCCUACGAUUGAAGAAUCACAGUCUGCAAAUUCAACUUUAGAAUUAUGGAAGAAACAAUACCAGAAUUUGCAUAUGAGUUUGAGGAAUGCUAACUUGCAAGCAAAGAACAACAUCCGGAAAGCUGCUCAGGAGGAGAGAGAGCUUCUUUUAGGAGGUGGAGAAGAAUCUACAAUCCGCCGGCGUAAUUUACAGACAAAGGCUGGGAUAACAUCUGCUGCAGAAAGCAUUACCGAGAGCCUUCGGCGGACUCGUCAACUGAUGGUUCAGGAGGUGGAAAGAAGUGCAAACACAUUGGGCACUUUUGAGGAAUCAACAAGUGUUUUAACGAAAGCUGAAGGCGAGUACAAAGGACACCGCUCUUUGCUGAUGCGCACUCGUCGCUUGCUUUCCACAAUGCAACGUCAAGAUAUUAUUGACAGGGUGAUACUGGUGACUGGCCUUCUCAUGUUCUUAUCUGCGGUGCUGUAUGUUGUCUGGAAACGGGUUGGGCUGCUGAAGUUGCAGAGGAAGCUGUUUGCAGCCAUCAAGGCAGGUUCAAAAGUAGAGGAAGAGGUGGCUGUGGAAAUCCAGAGAGUGGCAGUUGGAGAUGGUUUGAGUCAUGCACCAGCUCAUGGCAACACAGUUCCACUAGCAGAAAUACCAGGGCCACAUCUCUACGAAGAACUUUGAAACAAUCAAUUCUACAGCUUUAAGUUUUAUUGUUCUAUUCUACUUGUGUUUAGUACAGUAAUCCCUUUCGGGCUAUUGCUAAAAAUUGAAGAUUCUUUUUUGUACAAAAUUUAAUCAUGUUAAGUUGAUCAAGCACUGUAUGCUUAUCAUAUUUGAGAAUGGAGGUGGCUUUCCUUGGA